ACCCACAUAUAUAUAUAUAUAUAUAUACUCUAUAGGAAAAACUAUACAACUUGGAGUUUAAUUACACCGUAAAAGUAUGGAAAAUUCAUCACUGUUUUUCUCAGUAAGGCGUUGCGAGCCAGAACUGAUUCGACCGGCGAAGCCAACUCCGUGUGGAUUGGAGCUUCUGUCGGAAAUAGAUGACCAAGAAGGCCUGCGUUUUCAUAUGUCAUUCAUAUUGUUCUAUAAGAAUAAUAUUAAUGGAAGUGAAUUAGGAAAAGACCCUGUGAAGGUGGUGAGAGAAGCAUUAUCUAAGGCACUGGUGUAUUACUAUCCAUUUGCAGGCAGGGUUAGGGAAGGGGAUAACAGGAAGCUUAUGGUGGAUUGCCAAGGUCAGGGAGUCCUUUUCAUGGAAGCUGAUGCAGAUAUUACAUUGGAAGAGAUUGGUGAUUCAGUAUAUUUAUUGCCAUGUCCUUAUAUUGAAGAGCUUCUAUGGAAUGUGCCUCACUCCAAUGGUAUCCUGGCUUCUCCAUUGUUGUUGAUUCAGGUGACUCGUUUUAAAUGUGGAGGAUUCAGUUUUGCUAUACGUAUGAACCACACCAUAAGUGACUCUCUCGGACUGGUCCAAUUUCUUAUCACAAUUGGUGAAGUGGCUAACGGUGCUACUCAACCAUCUCAGAUGCCUACAUGGAACAGAGAUAUCUUCAAUGCACGCAAACCACCUCGUAUUUCAUUCACACACAACGAGUAUUCACAGAAUAUUUUUUCCAUGGAAGCCAAACACCACUCCAAAGCAAUGAUUCAUAAAGCUUUCUUUUUUAGCCACAGGCAACUUUUAUCAAUCAGGAACAGUCUACCUUCAAACCUUCAAAAUACUUGCACUACCUUUGAAAUUCUCACUGCUUUCCUAUGGAAAUGCAGGACGAUUUCGCUCGGCUUCGAUCCUUUGGAUAAGGUUGGGGUUUCUUACAUGGUUAAUGCAAGAGGUAGGAAAGAUAUCCAAGUGCCUAAUGGUUACUAUGGAAAUGCAUUUGCAUUCCCAAUGGUACUAUCAAAGGUUGGUUUGGUAUGUGAUAGGCCAUUAGGUUAUGCACUAGAAUUGGUGAAAAAAAUAAAAACCCAAAUGACAUUAGAGUAUAUAAAGUCAGUGGCAGAUCUUAUGGUGAUCAAAGGACGACCAUGUUUUAAUACACAAGUUGGGAGCUUCAUUGUGGCCGAUACGACUCGUGUACCUUUCGGGAAGGUAGAUUUCGGGUGGGGAAAACCGGUAUCCGCUGGCAUUACCAGUCCUGUACCAUCUAUAAGCUUCUUUGCAAGGUCUAAGAACAGAGGAGGUGAGGAAGGCAUAGUUGUGCCCAUAUGGUUGCCACCACUAGUCAUGGAGAGGUUUGAACGGGAAUUGAAGAAAAUGCUUGACACAACAAUUUAUGGUGGAAUUAUAUCAAGCCUCUAAUUAUAUGUUAACGAAAAUUUUCAAAUGUCCUUAUCACUCUAAUUAAAAUAGGACAAACAUUAAUAUAUUUUAUAUUUUGUUAUAUGGUUGGGAUAAAAAAAAAAGAAAAAAAAAAGCUCCCAUUUAAAUUCUAAAUGUAAUAGUAUCAUGUGUGUUCUGUGGCUUUUUUAUGUAAGAUAAUAUGGUGCUUCCUCAA